AUGCCGAGACCUAAGCCAACGGAGAAGGCCAAGCCCACCGUUAUCGAUGUUGUUACUGUCGACCCUGACCGCACUAUCAAGCAAGUUGAAAAACUGGAUCCUACAACCUACGUGACCAAAGUCGAGGAUAUCGAGACGGUGAACGUGGUUAUUUCCGAUGGGAUUGAGACAUUCGUGAGCGAGUUUGGACCCGUCGAGACUACAGUCGAUUUCGUUGAAACUGGUGUAGAUGGCCUACUUACAACUAACAAAGUCGUAUCUACAAAGGCUGCUUCCUCGGCGGUGAUCACCAGAAUUGCCGCGCCUACCACUGUUGUGUCGACAAGGUCUACCGAGAAGCUCAAGACUAUAACCUCGGACCGUACAGAUUCCUCGACUUGGAUCUCGACUGUCAAGGGCACUACAAGGACAUACGAGAAAACCACGACGAUCGCCCCCACCGCCACGGACGACGCAUCUGAAUCCGAAGAGACCGGCGGAGUAGUCAAGACAGUUGUCACAGUGUUCGAGCUUGAUGCUGCAAAGUACUUCCUCGGAAAAUUCCUUCCUCCUAUGCUAGCAGUCAUGCUAUCGAUUCCCGCCCGAGUCAUUGAUUACAAUGCUCAGCUGUUUCAACCGUUCUAUGCCAUGAACCAAGACUAUGGUGCCAGAGGACCGGAGUCGAUGAACCUCCAUUUUGGUGGUCUGGGCAGUAUUUUAGAGCCUUUCAACAUCCUGCUAGAGGGCCACCCCGUGCCCUUCAUUACGAUGGUCAUUGCCUGGCUCUCUGCAUUGUUGGCACCAAUCGCAGUCGAAGCUAUCGGUUUUAAGAUGCAUGGCCAGUGCAAGAUCAACGCCUUUGAAGGUUGUGCUCCGGCACUGGGUGUAUCUCCGCUAUCGUCGCGCAUCCUUCUGGCUCUCAUAGGAUUGAUCAUCUUGCUAUUGUGCGCACUGUUAUUUUCCCUGCGAGAUUUCCAUACUGGUCUGUACGCAAACCCAUGGAGUGUUGCAGGUAUUGCGUCCCUGGCUGCCAAUAAAGACAUCAGACCCCGCCAGGAUUCUGAGCGUAAGAUCGAAAAGGAAAUGGCCGAGAAACGAUACGGAUUUGGUUUCUUUGAGAAUCAUGCCGGAAACACCGAGUAUGGUGUCGUGCUCUACGAUGAUGCUGGGGAGAAUCUGCAACACGAUCAGCUGUCGUCAGAGCCAGGUUCGGUUGAUACGGAGGUUGUGAGCACCGGUCGAAGAAAUCCAUUUGCUCUUCUAGGUCUCGUCUGGCGACUAGCAUUCUUGAUAUUUCUUCUUGGCUUGAUGGUGUUCCUGCUCUACUACCAUCUGACGCUCGACAAAUCAUCGUCGUUCAAGAACUUCAUGAACAGUCAGACUUUUGGUGUUCGAUUCUUGUUUGCUACUUUUGGUGUCGUCAUAUCAUUCAGUUGGACAGCUUUCUUUAUCACCAUUACCAUGGUUGUUCCGUAUCAAGUCAUGUCCCAUGGUCCCCAGUCAGCUUCGAACUCGGUGUUGCUCACACGUCCAACAAACCCCUUUUCGGGUUUUUGGUCUGCCGUUAAGCACCGCCAAAUCUUCCCAGGACUUGUGGCAGUAAUGGCCAUCUUUUCGGAGUUCAUGCCUAUCCUUCUGGCCAAUAUUCCAUAUUCGCUGUCGCAGGUACGAAUUUCUCAUGACAUUUGUGCACGUAUAUCGGUCGGGAUCUUGGCUCUUAUGGCUAUCACAAUCAUUAUCAGCUUCCUCAUCCGCUGGCCAGAUAUGCCGGUCGACCCACGCUCUAUUGCGGGAGCGAUGUACUACGUCAGUGAGAGUAAUAUGGUAGACCACUUCAGUGGCAUGGCAGCAAUGGAUGGUGACGAGCGAAAGCAGCGCAUCAAGGAGUUGGGCGGGACGUAUUUGUAUGGCGAGUUGACGACGAGGUCAGGUGAGAGGAGGCCUGCCGUGGAGUGGGAUGACCAUACGCUGGGCGUUGGUCCUGUGAUGCAGCGGCAGAGGAAGGAUAAUGUCUAUGUGAGGCAUGAGAGUAUUGAUACGGGGUACUACGGACAUCAACCAUGA